AUGCAAUUUAAAGAAACUCUGCUAGCUAUUUCCUUAGCUUCGUCUGUCCUUGGUGCCUACGUGCCAUCUGAGCCAUGGUCCACUUUGACUCCAAGUGCUACCUACAAGAACGGUAUCUCCUCUUAUGUGUCGACGUUUGGUAUUGCCGUUGAACCAAUCUCCGGUGAGACGAGUUCUGCUUCUCAAGCUAAGAGAGAUGUUAUUUCUCAGAUCACUGAUGGUCAGAUCCAAGCCACUACGAGUACAAAAAACGCAGUUUCCAAGAAGCCCAAAACUUCUGCUGCGGCCCCAGUCUCUCAAAUAACGGACGGCCAAAUCCAAGCCACCACUAAAACGAAAAAUACAGUUCAAGCAGCUGCUUCUCAAAUAACGGAUGGUCAAGUCCAAGCCACCACGCAAGCUAAGACUACCGCUGCCGCUGCAUCUCAAAUAACGGAUGGUCAAGUUCAAGCCACCACCAAAACUACUACUGGUGCUUCUCAAGUAAACGACGGCCAAGUUCAAGCCACUGCAACUACUUCAGCCGAAUCCACCACUAGUCCUUCUGACCCAGUGGACUCUGUUUCCUGUAAGACUUCUGGUACUUUGGAACUUACUUUGAAGGACGGUGUUUUGACCGACAGUAAGGGCAGAAUUGGUUCCAUCGUUUCCAACAGACAAUUCCAAUUUGACGGUCCACCACCACAAGCCGGCGCUAUCUACGCUGCGGGUUGGUCGAUCACUGGUGAAGGUAACCUGGCUCUAGGUGAUCAAGAUGUCUUCUACCAAUGUUUGUCCGGUAACUUCUACAACCUGUACGACCAAAGCAUCGGUACUCAAUGUAACAAGGUUUAUUUAACCGUCAUUGACUUGGUUGACUGUUAG